AUGCCUUUCAUUUUCUUCUAUCACCUCUUUCCUGUUUUGUUCUCUUUCCCCUCUGAUAUUCUUGUGCCUUCUUUCAUUGCUUUACUUUCUCUCUUUCCUCUCUCAAUGCCUUUCAUUUUCUUCUAUCACCUCUUUUCUGUCUUGUUCUCUUUCCCCUCUGAUAUUCUUUUUUGCCUUCUUUCAUUUUUUUUACUUUCUCUCUUUCCCUCUCUCAAUGUAUUUCAUUUUCUUCUAUCACCUCUUUUCUGUCUUGUUCUCUUUCCCCCUCUGAUAUUCUUUUGCCUUCUUUCAUUGCUUUACUUUCUCUCUUUCCCUCUCUCAAUGCCUUUCAUUUUCUUCUAUCACCUCUUUCCUGUUUUUUUCUCCUUUCUUUCUUGUUUUCUCUCUUUCUCUAUUCUUGCAACUUUUAGUUUCUCUCCUCUUUCCUCUUCUCUCUCAGCUCACCCUCAUUUUCCCUCUCUUUUAUAUUUUCCUUCUUGUACUCUCUUACAUUUUCUUUCAGCCCUAAUUUUCCAUCUCUUUUAUAUUUUCCUUCUUGUACUCUUACAUUUUCGUUCAGCCCUCAUUUUCCAUCUCUUUUAUAUUUUCCUUCUUAUACUCUCUUACAUUUUCUUUCAGCCCUCAUUUUCCAUCUCUUUUAUAUUUUCCUUCUUAUACUCUCUUACAUUUUCUUUCAGCCCUCAUUUUCCAUCUCUCUUAUAUUUUCCUUCUUGUACUCUUAUAUUUUCUUUCAAUUUUCCCCUUUUUUUUCAUCUCCUAACUUCUCUCAUCCUUUUAGUGUGUUCGUUUUUGUCACUGAUGCAUCGUUCAUCUUUCUGCCUCAUUGUCGCCAGCACUUUUCCUGCAGUUUUUAUAUCCCUGCAUAAUUCUUCACCAGUCAUUCAUUUUCAAAUUCGUUAUUUUUUCUUUCAUCCCUUAACUUCCUGCUUUGUCCGAUACACAAUUAAUUUUUUACAACUUUGA